ACUCGUUACACUUCUCUCUCUCACACCUCCUGCCUUUAUACUCUGCUAAGAACCUUCAGUCUGGUGCCAGUGAGUGAUCUCUCAGGAAUCUGACUGCUCAGUUUGUCAGGGUUUGAACAGAGGGACCUGCAGAGAGAAGAUGUUGUGCAGCAGAGUGUUGGGGAUCAUUCUCUCCUGUGCCAGCCUUAUUUUCAUUUUCACCGGCCUGCUGACUGAUUACUGGUUGGUCAACUUUGGCACAAAUCUGUUCCAUUCAGGAUUAUGGCAGAUUUGCACGAAGAAUAUAUGUCAAACAAUCCAAGGCAGUGGGUUUAUUGGUGCCACUCGUGGGCUUGUGAUCAUCUCCGUGGCUCUCCUCCUGUUCGGCAUGGUGUCCGUCUGCUUGUCAUUCAAUAACUUAUCUAUGGGGAGGAUCACUGCAUCUCUUCUAGCAGCCAUGUUCAAGUUCUUAGCAGCUAUCUUCCUUCUCGUUGGAAUGUCUGUAUACACAGGAGAAACUGUAAGUUCCGUUAAUAACGGGUCCCUUAACUACCAGUGGUCCUUCUACCUCUGUUGGGUUGCAGUUUUCACGCUGAUCCUUUCAGGUGUGUGUAACAUUGUGACUCACCAAGCUGCGCCAGAACCGGGGUACGAAGCCGUCUGAACCAGAUCACCUGCCUCGGAACCUCAGGAUCCCCAGCCAAUCCCAUUCCUUUUUUGCUUUUUAUUGACAAGGCAAAUUAAAGGGCCAAUAAGGCUCCGCUGAAAGUAUAAUCUGUACAAUUAGUUCCAGUGCACAGGACUUUUAUUACUCUUUGGCCACUGCAAUUCUCAAUAAAAUUAUUUUGUGCGUC